AUGGUCAUGCUGACUAGUAUUCUGGUCGCUUUAUUUCUCAUUUUAAUCAUUGCUUAUGGAUGGCAUAUUCAUCAAGCUUAUAGCUUCUUCACUCGUCUUGAAAUUCCUGGUCCACCACCACGAUUUUUUUUCGGUAACUUCUUGGAUAUUCUCAAAAGCAAACGCUUUUCAUUAUCGAUUCAAGAAUGGACUGAGAAGUAUGGACGUAUAUUUGGCUACUUUGAAGGACAUACACCUGUUCUUGUCAUUGCCGAUCCAGACAUUUUACAAGAUGUAUUCAUCAAAUCGUUCUCUAAAUUUCAUUCGCGUCGCGAUUAUUCAUUUGAUGAUCCUAAAUCAAAAAACAUUCAUCUAUUUACUGCUACCAAUCUUCGUUGGAAAAGACAAAGAUUUGUCAUAAACCCAACAUUUUCAUUUUCAAAACUCAAGCAAAUGUCCUCAUUGAUCAAUCGAACUGUCGAUAGCCUCAUGAAAAAAUUAGAUGAACAACAUCGACAUGGUGAAUCAUUUGACAUCUUUGGUUUUUUUAAACGUUUUACAAUGGACACAAUUUGGUCAUGUGGUUUCGGUAUAGAGGCAGAUAUGCAAAAUAACCCAAACAAUCCAUAUCUUAUCCAGUCACAACGAGUACUGAGCAAAGAAAAUUGUGUAUCGAAACUGUUAAUUUUAUCUCUUUUCAUGCCUGAGCUUAAAUGGUUCUGGAUGAAAUUUCAUCAAUGUGAUUCUACCAUUCGAUAUUGGCUUCAACAUUAUCUACCUGUCACGCGAAGAUUGAUCAGUGAUGAUCCACAAAUAUGGAUUAAAAGACAGGCAGAACAAUUGAUCAAACAACGUAUCAAAUUAGGCCGCACAGAUCGAAUGGAUCUGUUGCAAUUGAUGCUUGAAUCAGUUUCGGAUGACGAUUUCAUUGAAGUACGAAUGGUCGCUGGCCAUGAAACUGGGAGUACAGCACUUGCUUAUAUGUCUUAUGUUCUUGCGACUCAUCCAAGUGAACAACUCAAAUUGCAACAACAUAUCGAUGCCUAUUUCGAUUCAAAUAACGAGCAUAGCGUACCGAGCUAUGAAGUUGUCUCAGAAAUGAACUAUUUAGAUAUGUUCAUUCGAGAAAGUCUUCGUAUGUAUCCAAUCUCGCCAAGCAUAAUCAAUCGGCAGAGUACCAAGGAGUUUUACAUUAACAAUGUGGGCACUAUUCCUGUUGGUACUAUUAUUUCUGCUAAUAUCUAUAGUUUGCAUUUUAAUUCUGAUCUUUGGGGUCCAGUCGAUCCGCACACAUUCUAUCCGGAACGAUUUGCCACUAAGCGACAUCCACUCGCAUGGAUUCCAUUUGGUGCUGGACCGCGAAACUGUGUUGGAAUGCGAUUUGCAUUGAUGGAAAUGAAAAUAGCACUCAUUCGACUGCUUAGAAUCUAUUCGAUUAUAGACUGUGGCAAACAGACCCAACAGCCAUUCGAAGAACUUGACGAAGUUAUGGUUAUUUCGCCUACAAAAGUUCUUAUACGUUUGCAACGUCGAAACGAACAUUUACAAUGA